AUGUCAGAGACUACUCCUAACAUUGAUCUUGCUCAGCUUAUGCAGCAAUUACAUGGAGAUUCGGGGCAUUCUCUUGCCGAUACUCCUUCCAGUCUGAGACUACUUCCGAAUGGAAAGAAAACUAAAGGACGUGUUAAAAUCAAAAUGGAAUAUAUCGGCAACAAGUUACGCAGAUAUACAACAUUCAGUAAAAGAAAAACGGGUAUUAUGAAAAAGGCUUAUGAGCUUUCAACAUUAACAGGAACUCAGGUCAUGCUUCUAGUCGCGUCUGAAACAGGUCAUGUCUAUACCUUUGCCACAAAAAAAUUGCAACCAAUGAUCUCAUCUGAUGCCGGAAAGGCUCUUAUUCAAUCAUGUUUAAAUGCACCCGGAGAAGAAUCCGACUUACAACCAUCAAGAACCGAAUUUACUUUCGAAACUGGAUCUACACCUAACAAUUCACGAAAACGCAAAAUUAAUGAAGUCCAAGAUCCUACUGCCGCUUCAAUCGCCAGCUUCUUACCAACAAUGGUACCUUCAACAUUGUUCACACAUUACAAUGAAGAGGAAUAUAAUGCCGAUAGUGGAGAUGAUACCGACAGUGAAGAGCAUUGUGAAGUCAAAGAAGAACCUGAAGAAGCAAAAGACUUGACGAAUGGCAAUAACUUGGCUGCCUCACUCCACCAGACGAUAAAAGAAGCUCUUAGAGCAGCAGCUAAUAAUCGUCAUCAGCAACAAAAGAAGGCCAAACUAUCUUCCUCACCUCCUUCAGAAUCUUCUCCACAACAUCAACAGCAACAGCAGCAUCCUAUGAAGCCUUUGAUCACACCUCCAGCUCACAACUCGUUCUUGGCACCGUUUUUACUUUCGGGUAAGAGGCCUCACUGGUUACCUUUCGCACCACAGCAACUAUGCAAUUACAACCCUGUCUGUGUACCCAAUUACAACCCGUUUUUGCAUGCCUAUCCCUCAAUUCACCCUAGAAUCAAAAAUUUUGCUCCGGCACUUGGAAAAGUUCUAGGAAUGUCGAAUGCAGCAGGAUCAACUUCUACUACUUCUACUUCGUCCUCUUCUACUUCUAUCACCCCUUCUUCUCUUUUAUCGCUGUCACAACAGCUACAGAAUGCACCACCACAAUCCCCAACAGACAGUAACACUUCUGAAGGUGGAGCUAACGCGAACAGUCUUCUGAUGAACGGAGCGAAGAGUGCCGAUGAAGCAGCAACGCCAAAUCCUUUGUUCACCUUUCCUUUCCAGCUGAACCUUCAACAGCUGAUGGAAUCUGCUGCCAUGUCCGCUCAAGGAAGCAGUACAGAUUGA